AUGGCGACAAUUCAGCCGCCUCGAAGCAGUCUCCCGGCCGGGGCUGAGCCUCCAGCACCCCCUUCAGCCAGACUAGACUCUUCCGACUCUCACACCAUCACAUCCACAAUGGCCGGCGACGACGGUCAGAUAGACCCUGCCCAACGACUACCGGACCAACAACACUUCAAUGGCAGCACCGAGAAGCCCCGGCUGCCACGGCUAUCCAUCGAGACCCUUCCUGAGCUGGACGCGAUCCCCACGCUCAUGUCGCCUCGUCACAACACCAUGAACCCCUUCCGGCGGGUACACAACCCUCUAGAGAUCGAUGACUACUUUACUGGCCCUCGAGACACCCAAAAGCACUCAAAAUGGCCUCUCUUCAUGCAGAUGCACGGCAGUAUCCUGCCCAAGAUGAUGCUACCACUCCUCGGAGUCGGCGCCUGGACCACUAUGCUCACUGUGAUUAACUUUAAAGUGACAAACUUGGGUAUCCACAACAUCCUUCUGACGGUCCUCGGUUUUGUGGUUGGUAUGGGUCUGUCUUUCCGCAGCUCCACUGCAUACGAGCGCUAUUCAGAGGGUCGCCGUUACUGGGCUUCGUUGCUCCUGGCGUGUCAGACUCUUGGUCGUGUCUACUGGGUGCAUGCCAAAGAGCGGGAAGGCGAGCUAGGGAAGAAGGACGUUUUGGCCAAGCUAACUGUGCUGAACCUCCUGGUCGCCUUCUCUGUGGCUCUCAAGCACCGCCUCCGCUUCGAGCCUUACACCUGUUACGAUGACAUCUCCCACCUCGUUGCUCACCUUGACACCUUUGCCCAGCGCGCCACCGAGGAGGAGCCGGAUAAGACCCUCAAGUCCCUCCAACCACCCGGCUUCUUCAAGGCAGUUGGCGAGUACAUUGGUGUUAGCUUCGCCGCCUCCAACCCGCGCAAGGUGAUUAAGAAGGCAUCUCGCCCGCUUGGCAACCUCCCCCUCGAAAUCCUUUGUUACCUCGCCACCUACACGGACGAGCUGAUCGCCAACGGUCAGCUGCCCGUGCCCAUGCAGCAAACGCUUGCUUACAACAACAUGGCGAUCCUGAACGACGUCCUGGUGGGUACCGACCGUGUGCUGUCCACCCCGCUCCCCAUCGCCUACGCCAUCGCCAUUGCGCAAAUCACCUGGGUCUACAUCCUCCUUCUUCCCUUCCAGCUACUGCCCACGCUCAACUGGAUCACGAUUCCGGCCACCAUCGCAGCGGCCUACAUCAUUCUGGGCCUGCUCAUGAUUGGCAGGGAGAUUGAGAACCCGUUUGGUCGGGACGUCAACGACUUGCCGCUGGAAUCGUACUGCGCGCAGGUUGCCGAGGAUAUGGACAUCAUUGCCUGCCAGAAGAAGAGGACGACGAAUGCCGACUGGAUUGAGAAUAUCGACAACAAGCCGCUGUGGCCGCUGUCGAACUCGGGCUGGCAGGUCUGGAUGAAUCGCGGAGAGGACGUGAUUCGCGAGGCGGUCCACCAGAAGCUGGAGAGCAACUUUGAGACGAGAAAGGAGUUGGACAAGUUGCAGAGCGAGAUGAGCCUGAUGGACAAGCGAGUUGUCUGA